AAAAUUAAUGAUGAGAACAUUUUUGAAGUCAAUAAGAAACCAGUCCUUCCUAAAUCUUUAUUUAAAGCGGCAGCAAUUGUGACACACGGGCGCUGCCAUGUGUCAACAGGGGGGAUGGAAACCAUAAUAAAACAGCAUUUCACAACAUAUGGUUUAAAUUCAUACUUAAAAAAUUUUUGUACUGCAUGUCCAGUUUGUGUGAAAUAUAAUUCUCAGGGAAACAUAAGGCCAAAACGAGGCAGGUUCCCGAAACCAUCUUAUCCAUUUCAAACUAUGCAUAUGGAUUUUAUUGAACUUUCACAAAGUGGGCCAUACAAAUAUUGUCUGGUGAUGAUUGACGCUUUUUCUAAAUGGGUGGAAAUAGUUCCAGCAAAGCAUGCAGAUGCUUUAACAGUAGCUAAGGCUAUUUGUAAAACUAUUAUUCCAACACAUGGCAUUCCACAAACUGUUUAUAGUGACAAUGGACCACAUUUUGUAAACCAAGUGAUACAAAAUAUGGCUACACACUUGGGAAUGACAUUAAAGAAUCACUGUGCCUACCACCCACAGAGCGCGGGGCUGGUGGAACGAGCCAAUGGAACUGUAAAAAGCAGAUUACGAAAAUGCAUGGCAGAUACUGGCCGAGCCUGGCCAGAAUGCUUAGAUUUGGUGAAGCUUUAUAUGAGGAUCACCCCAACAGCUGAUGGUUUAACACCGUUUGAAAUAAUUCAUGGGAGAGCUUAUAGAUUGCCUCUAUUUGCUCCAGACUUACAAAAAGCUGACGAACAACAGACAUUAGCAGACUAUAUGAUUAGGACCUUUAAACUGAAGGAAGUGUCCAGUGCAAAUUUACUGCCUUCUGAUUCUCUUCCUGUACAGGAGGCCACUCCAAUCGAGCAAGGUGAUUGGGUCUACAUAAAGGUCAUCAAACGAAAGAACUGGGCGAGUCCACGGUGGGAAGGACCGUUCCAGGUGCUGAUGACCACACCAACAGCUGUAAAGAUUGCUGAAAGACCCACAUGGAUUCAUCUCAGUCACUGUAAGGUACAGAGAGUGUUAGACCCCUAAAUCAGAGUGACGGGGAAGUCUGAUUUACAAAGGGGUUCUGUCGUUUAGGACAGUUCGUCUCAAGGUCAGCAGAAGAAUUCAACAGAUCCUCACUCUGCUAGGCUGGGGGUCCUGACAUCCCUGUAUUCUGAGCAGUAAUGGAAACUCCAUAUGCCAGAUGGAUUUUCUACUGUAUUGUGACUGCUGUAUGUUUGAUGUUUGGAGAAGGAAACGAGCCUGAGCUUCAUCCGCAUGACUACAGUACGAAUCUGUGGUGGAAGCUGAUGAAUAGAACCGCUUAUGAGGGACAUGCUGUGAACUGCUACGUGUGUGCGCAGAUGCCGGUUUCCAUACAUAACUCAGGUCUACGACCAGGUAACAUUACUGACGACAAACAGAUGUGUCUCUACGUUCUAAGCACCAGACCACGGCGUAUCCCACCCCUAAGAGGAGACAGACCACGUGAGGAGGACUAUUCAGUUGACCUCCGGAUGGGAGAGGCUGUGCAAAGCCUCUUUCAAUCUUUAAAUUGUUCACUUGCAGAUGAUGUACUUCCUUUUUCGUCAUCUCAACAAACUGGACGGUGCCCUGGAAUUUGUGUAACAGAGUUUACACCUACUGCGAACCGACACAGGAUUUCAUCACCUGCACAGCAUGCAGGGGUCAAGAGACGACUCCACGCUGCAAAGUCUGGAAGGACAACCCAGACUGUGACAACUUGCUUCAGGAGAGGAGUUUCAACAUCACGCAUAAGACAAAGAGGAGACAGGAGACAACACUGUGUGCUGUGGUUCCUUUGAUCAACCCGAUUGCAUUCAUCAGGAAAGCACAGAAUGAUCUACACACCCUCUCCAAACGAACAGUUACGUCAGAGGUCAAAAAAUGGGGACCACGUUGAGAUAAACAGGUACGGAUUACUGCGACUAAUCAACAUCACAUACCAGCUGGCCAAUGGCACCAUGAAAGAACUGGCUGAACUGAGAAACAUGGUUAUGCAAAAUCGUGUUGUCUUGGACUUCCUCACUGCCCCUCAAGGAGGGGUCUGUAAAAUCAUUGGCCCAACGUGCUGUACUUAUGUGCCUGACGAAACAGGAACUGGAGGAACUAUUUCUGAUGCUCUAUAUGAGCUGGAAGAUUUAAAACAGUAUGUGGAGAGUGGAACAAGUGGUUCACCCUCUUUCGAUUUGUUUUCAUGGCUUACUUCUGGACCAUGGUGGACCUUGCUGUUAAAACUCAUGACGCCUGUUCUAGUUGUGUUAGUUUUGUUCUGUCUUUUUACGGGUUGCAUUUUUCCUUGCCUACGUAAAAUGGUGUCCAAAACAAUUGACACAACUGUUAUCAAUUAUCAACUGACAAAGGCAUCUUAUGAGUCGACUGAAGAUGACUUGUUCCAAGUUUCAGAUGAUUUUCUGAAAAAUGAUGAAUUUCUGUAAUCAAUAAACAGAUGAUUUCAUUUGCUGAAUGACUCCUACACCGAAAAUGUGAAAACAAGUGGUGUUUUGGAUGAAAGAAAAACUGCAUUUGAUUUUUGCUGUUUCUUUUAUUUUUCAUUUAUUACUUUAUAUUUCAUUUAUUCAUUGUAUUUUCUGUUUAGGUUAGAAAAAAAAAAAAAAAA